AUGUGGCGAUGGAAAAUCUCCGAAGAGGUGUGCCGCCUGGACUUUGAAGCCGCUAUGAUGGAUCUUCUGGACAAACGUGAGAUUAAAGGCGGUGAUGCCAGCAGACAGGAAGCGUGUCAGCAUGCCCUUGCAGCGCUGACAGGAAGCCUCAUUGACUGUAGUAUUAACGCACGCUCUCGUGGACGUGCGCCCUCUGGAUUGGCUGCCGCUGUUACAAUCAGCGCAGGUGCGAGCAAUCAGCAGCUUCUGUUGCAGCUGGCAACAAAAUGGCGGCAGAAUGGACGCACAAUACCUUCUUUAAUUGUAAAUUAUCCACUCAACGGAGAAAAUAACGAAACGAAGGGUGAAACGGCAGUGCGGCUGGAUCAAAAGAGACGUCGCAGACGCUUUGCUGAACCAAAAGUUGGCUUUAAUACAAGCGAGCAUCAGUACUCAGGACUGCAGUUCCUGGAGGAGCUUCCCGUGCAAUCGGCACGCUUUUCUGUUACGGCUGGGUCGCAUGUUUGUGCCUGGAUCGUUUCCCCAAGAUGCAGAUGCAACUCCGGAAGCGGCGUGCAGUCUCCCGUGAAAAAACGUCUGUUCGUGGUCCAGGAACAGGAACAGACGGGACCAGACUCCCUUCUGGCAAAUCACCGCCAAAGAAUAGCAAUGCCUGCGUUCUUCAGCCUUGGGGAAUGACAACAAGUGUUUACGCGAACACCAAAUGGACAGAACACAAUCCAAGAAUGACACCAGCAAUUAGCCAGUUCCAAACGACAUCUACGUUUUCUUGCAUGAAGAAACGAUCUCAUCAGAAGUAUUACCUCUGCCAAGAUGCUUUGGUCUUGUGGCGUUGUGUGUGCAAAGUGAAUCGAGACUGUCCCCCAAAUUCCAAUUCCAUUCAAUGCAUUUGAA